AGAGUUGCACGAUGCGGGAGUUCCCCCCCUCCUCCUCCUCCCCCCUAGCUAAUGUGCGUGUGUGUUCCCGCACAGGCCUCCAGAGGGGGGUAACGGUGUCUCUCCAGGAGAAGUCCCGCAUUCUCCCGUGUUUACCUCCGCCCGGUCCGCGCGGUUCCGUCCAAUCGACCUCCAUUUAAUUUGAAUUCAAACAAACACGACAAUCCACAGUGACGCAGCUAGCCCCUGUUAGCCGGGAGCUAGCGAACGGGCACUGUCACCGCCGCAGCCGAGUCCGAGGCGCCGUGAGGCGGCUGCGACUGUCAACAGUGAUCCGAGCGGCGGGAGCGACUGUCGCGUGAGUCCGCACGUGUUUACACCGACACACAACAAGUACACGACCGCUGCACUCCGUGUGUGUGUGUACUUUGCUGCGCGGUCGAGAUCUUUUUGUAAGGUGGUCCAGCACAACCUGAUUCAAACAGUUCACACCGAACACACACCCAGCGCAGUUUCUUCUUCACAAAAAAAGCCAGAAAACCUCGUGUGUUUUUCUGAAGCAGGAGGAUGGCGGUGAAUGUCUACUCCACCUCUAUGACAAUAGAGAACCUGAGUCGUCAUGACAUGUUGGCCUGGGUCAACGACUCUCUACAGCUCAACUACACAAAGAUCGAGCAGCUCUGUACAGGUUCUGCAUACUGUCAUUUGAUGGACAUGUUGUUUCCAGGCUGCAUAAUGGUUAAGAAAGUUAAAUUCAACGCUAAAUUGGAACAUGAAUACAUCCAAAAUUUCAAAGUCUUACAGGCCGGGUUCAAGAGAAUGAAUGUGGACAAGAUUAUACCGGUCGAGAAGUUGGUGAAGGGCAAGUUCCAGGACAACUUUGAGUUUCUUCAGUGGUUUAAGAAGUUUUUCGAUGCCAACUAUGACGGAAAAGAAUACGACCCUAUGCUGACACGGCAGGGCCAGGAGGGAACGCCGCCGCCACCACAUAACCCAGGCCCCAUGAGAACGUCUCCCACAGUACCCAAGACUGCCCCCGCCCCACAAAGGCAGAUCAACUUAGCAGCCACCCGCAAGCCCACUCCUGUGACCCGUAAUGGUGGAGAUGCUGAGCUCCUGGAGCUCAACCAGCAGGUGCUGGAUCUGAAGCUGACUGUCGACGGACUUGAGAAGGAGAGGGACUUUUACUUUGGAAAGCUCAGAGACAUCGAGCUCAUCUGUCAGGAACAUGAAAACGAAAACAGCCCAGCCCUCAGCAAAAUCAUCAACAUACUCUACGCUACAGAGGAUGGAUUUGCGCCACCAGAAGAUGACGAAAUUGAUGAAGGAGGACAGGGAGACCAAGAGGAGUUCUGAACUCUUCUUCUUCAUCUUUAUCGCAAUCAGUUUGUUCCCCCCUCUUCCUUUAACCUCCCUGAUCAUUAUCCUAAUCUAUCCUCCUCUUUUGCCCCUUUUAUUUCACUUUUUCCGCCCCUUAAGUCUCCCAUUUCAUCUGUCCAUGUCCAUGACGACUUUUUUUGUACUGCCUGGCUUGGCUCCCUCGACUUAUUCCAACUGGUUACCAGAGAGGACAGCAGCACUUCAGGGCUAGUUUAGCCUUGCUAGCCUGUCAAAGGUUUAAGAUUAAUAGCAAUGAGAUUGCAGGGAUCUGAAAAACAACAGUGCUAUCAGUCUGUCUAAAGAGUCCCUUAGUGUCACGGUGCACUGUGACAGGUGACCAAACAUUGACACACACAUGUGCAUCAGGGUUCUCUGCAGAGUUUAUUUAUGAAACCAUGCAGUGAUUGGUUUGCAAUAUUUUGGCUGGAAAUUUCACACAGUGAGAUUAUGAAUGGUUUUAAGCCCCUUAGGAAAGAGGCCUGCACAUGCAUAUAUUAGAUAUAUGUAUACCAUAACACAUUUUAGCCUGGAAACAUAUCACUGACUUUGAAUUGCUCACAUGUACUUGCAUAAAGAAAGUCUUCAUUCCGAAGCAAAAAGCAUCACAGAGCAUGUUCGUAUGUCGUCCCACCGGAGAGGGUUUGCUAAUGAAACUGUUGUGAAAGCUUGUUUAUUGUGAUGUAUUUAUGUUUUUAUUUAUUUAUCUUUUUUUAAUCUGCUCCAUACAGUUUCAAGAAAAAAAGAAAGAAAAAAAAAGGUGUUUCGGGAUUUGGGGAAAUUGACAUUCUUGCACUAAAUGUAGCGACACAAACUGACUGACACGAUCUAAAAUGCCAACGUGCAGUGACUGGCUGCUGCCAGGAACAUACAGCAACAUGCAUUUUUAUAUUUUGUAGAUUUGUUUUAAUUUGCACUGAAUUCCUCAUUGGCCAAGUCAGAGGCGUCAGUGUUAAAGUUAUUUAUCAGACAAAUGUCAAGCUUUGAGUUCUAUGAAUGAACAAAUGGAAAAAAGAAACGACAGACUGACACUACUAAACUAAAACUAAUGUUUGACUGUGAUCUUUGAGUUAAACAUUUUAGCUGCUAUCAUUACUCUUCUGUUGCCGUAUCUUACUGGGUUUGAGCCGAGCGGUAAAAGCCACAGUGGCUGCCCAGGAGCUAUGGGUGUGGUUUAUUGUGACUGAGUGUGAUUGACAUCUGUCGGACCCGUCAGAGAAAACAAAACAUCAAACCCUCUCUCACUGCUUGUCGUCAUGGCAGCCGUGUGAUCAACUUGCAUCCUUUGGAGUUACUGCUGGAACGCAAUAAACUUCUGAGUAACAGAGCUUUUU